GCGCUGUGAGCAACCCGGGAAGCUAAAUUAUACCGGAAAUACGCACCCUCUCAAACGGAAGUAUGAUUUUCAAGAUGGAGGGUGACGGGACCGACAAUAUGGAGAUGGGAGAAAGUAAAGGCGGCACAGGUCUUCGCCAGUACUACCUUUCCAAAAUAGAAGAAUUACAGCUGACGGUCAACGACAAGAGCCAGAAUCUCAGACGACUGCAGGCUCAGAGGAAUGAACUCAAUGCUAAAGUGCGUCUCCUCCGUGAGGAGCUGCAGUUACUUCAGGAGCAGGGCUCCUAUGUAGGAGAAGUGGUCAGGGUGAUGGAUAAAAAGAAAGUUCUGGUCAAGGUGCACCCAGAAGGAAAAUUUGUGGUGGACGUGGACAAGAACAUAGACAUCAACGAUGUGACCCCAAAUUGUCGCGUGGCCCUUCGCAACGACAGUUACACGCUUCACAAGAUCCUCCCCAACAAGGUGGACCCUCUGGUGUCCCUCAUGAUGGUGGAGAAGGUCCCAGACUCAACCUACGAGAUGAUUGGUGGUCUGGACAAGCAGAUCAAGGAGAUCAAGGAAGUCAUCGAACUGCCCGUCAAGCACCCGGAGCUUUUCGAAGCUUUGGGUAUCGCGCAACCGAAGGGUGUGUUGCUGUACGGACCUCCGGGUACUGGGAAGACUCUACUGGCCAGAGCUGUGGCCCACCACACCGACUGCACCUUCAUCAGGGUGUCGGGGUCUGAGCUGGUCCAGAAGUUCAUUGGAGAAGGCGCUCGGAUGGUGCGUGAGCUGUUCGUCAUGGCCCGAGAACACGCGCCCUCCAUCAUCUUCAUGGAUGAGAUCGACUCCAUCGGCUCGUCUCGCCUGGAAGGGGGUUCCGGCGGAGACAGCGAGGUCCAGAGGACCAUGUUGGAGCUCCUCAAUCAGCUGGACGGCUUCGAGGCCACCAAGAACAUCAAGGUCAUCAUGGCCACCAACCGUAUCGACAUCCUGGACUCGGCCCUGCUCAGGCCAGGCAGGAUCGACAGGAAGAUUGAGUUCCCGCCGCCAAACGAAGAGGCUCGUCUUGACAUCCUUAAGAUCCACUCCAGGAAGAUGAACCUAACGCGGGGAAUCAACCUGAGGAAGAUCGCUGAGCUCAUGCCCGGGGCUUCAGGCGCUGAGGUUAAGGGAGUGUGCACGGAGGCCGGCAUGUACGCACUGAGAGAAAGGAGAGUCCACGUCACCCAGGAGGACUUCGAGAUGGCCGUGGCGAAGGUGAUGCAGAAAGACAGUGAGAAGAACAUGUCCAUCAAGAAGCUGUGGAAGUAACCUGCUGUCUUAUCACAUGUAUAUUUUCCUGCCUUUUGCUUCUUUCUAUGUGUUGUCCUAAAAUAAACAGCCCACAAGAGUGUCA